AUGUCUUUCCAGAAGCCCGAGAAGGAUUUCGGCGAGGGCCCGAAAAUCCACAAGAUCCGUAUCACCCUCAGCUCCCGCAAGGUUGCCUCUCUUGAGAAGGUCUGCCAGGAGCUCAUUGAGCGUGCCAAGAGCAAGUCGCUCACUGUCAAGGGACCUGUCCGUCUUCCCACCAAGACCCUCAAGAUCUCCACCCGUAAGACCCCCAACGGUGAGGGUUCCAAGACCUGGGACACCUACGAGAUGCGCAUCCACAAGCGUUUGAUUGAUCUUCACGCUCCUACCGAGACCGUCAAGCAGAUCAUCAUCAACAUUGAGGCCGGUGUUGAGGUCGAGGUUACCAUUGCUGCUUAA